UCGCUCCGCCUACUCUUCCUAUCAGGAUUUUUUCAUUGCAUCCAUUUUUGUGCAUUUAAGAAAUUUCCAAGAAUUAUAAACCUGGAGGAAAGCGAGAAAGAGAGUGUGGGGCAAGGACUCGAAAGAAAAACUAACAAACAAGGAAAGAGGCGACGUCUUUAUUUCAAAAUGCGAGCAAACCCAUUCUAAAGGAUGACCGCGAUGGGUUAGACAGGAUUUAACAUGAUUGCAAAAUAAAAGCAAUUGUGUGUAGCGAUGUCAGCUCCACUCGGGCCCCGGGGCCCAGGCGCCCCCCCGCCGGCUGGAGCCCUACCCGACCUGCCGGACCUCAGCCACCUCACCGAGGAUGAGAGGAAGAUCAUCCUGGGCGUCAUGGACCGACAGAAAAAGGAAGAUGAGAAGGAACAGUCAAUGCUAAAGGUCAAAGAAGAACAAAAGCCUCAGCCGGCACAGUGGUUUAGUCCCUUUAGUGGGAUCACUGAGCUGGUAAAUAACGUUCUGCAACCGCAGCAAAUGUCCCAAAAUGAGAAGGAGCCUGAGCCUGAGCCUGAACCUGAGACGAAGCUGCACCAGCAGUUUGAGAGCUACAAGGACCAGGUGAAGAAGAUGGGGGACGAUACGACCCAGCAGAUGGGGACGACAGGAGAACCCCAGAAGAACCCCAACGACUCUCCUACCUGCGGGAUUUGCCACAAAACCAAAUUCGCUGACGGCUGCGGCCACCUCUGUUCAUAUUGCCAAACGAAAUUCUGUGCUCGGUGUGGAGGACGAGUGUCUCUGCGGUCAAAUAAGGAGGACAAAGUGGUUAUGUGGGUAUGCAACUUGUGCCGAAAACAACAAGAAAUCCUAACCAAGUCGGGGGCGUGGUUCUACAGCGGCGCCGCAGGGCCACGGGGCGGGUCUGAGGGCCCCAGGGGUCGACGUCACGAGGAGGCUCCCCAGGAGAAGAAGGCCAAACUGCAGCAGGAUCUCCUCUACCAGGGGCCCCCAGGGGACGUAUCAGCAGACAGAAGCAGACCUCCCGGACUCCCCAGACAAGGCUCCCUCAACAACGGCUCAGCGCUGAGGCUCUCAGGUCCAGGACAGGACAUAGACAGGAAACGAAGCCCAUCAGCAUCCAGGGAUCCAAACCAAAGAUACGACCAAAGGGAGGAGCGGGGUCAGUAUGCCCCGGGAGACGGCACCAUGCCCAGAUCACCGUCCGACUACGGGGAUGGGGACCCUCGGCGUGGGGCCCCACGGAGGUACCAAGACGCUGAGGCGGCGAGGGGGGAGUACCGUGGUGGGCGUGGCCGCUGGCGCUCCCAUGAGGACUACCCUCUGGACCAGGACGGGCCCUACCCUCUAGACGGGCCCUACCCUCUAGACGGGCAGCCCAAUGAGUACGAGCUGCAGCGCCAGCGCCAGGAGGAGUACCAGACACGCUACCGCUCCGACCCCAACCUGGCCCGUUACCCCGUCAAGCCCCAGCCCUACGAGGAGCAGAUGAGGAUGCAUGCUGAGGUGGGCCGGGCCAGGCACGAGAGGCGCCACAGUGAUGUGUCUCUGGCCUACACGGAGCAGGACGAGCCCCAGGGACCAAUCCGCCUGUCCAGACAGCACCUGACCGAGCGCCGGCCGCCCAUGGUGGGCCAACGCUCCUACUCCAUGGACAGAAACUCCCCCACCCCUGGAGGCCACCCCAGGACCUCCAACCACAGCCCCCCCACCCCACACCGCAGCCCCGUGCUGGGGGACAGGUCAGGGGACAUGAGGCGGGGGCCAGGGGAGCCAAUAGGGUUCAGGGGUCAUGAUUAUCUGGACCCCAGCUCUGCAGUCAGGAAGACCAAGAGGGAGAAGAUGGACACCAUGUUGAGGAACGACUCUCUGAGCUCUGACCAGUCCGAGUCCAUCAGGCCGCCGCCACCAAAGCCCCACAAAACCAAAAAGGGGGGUAAGAUGCGGCAGGUGUCCCUGAGCAGUUCGGAGGAGGAACUGGCCACCACGCCGGAGUACACCAGCUGUGAGGACGUGGAGAUAGAGAGUGAGUCUGUCAGUGAGAAAGGAGAUUUGGAUGGCCACUGGUUGGACCAUGCGUCAUGGCAUAGCAGCGAGGCCUCCCCAAUGUCUUUGCAUCCAGUGACAUGGCAGCCCUCCAAAGAUGGGGAGCGCCUAAUAGGGCGGAUUCUGCUCAACAAGCGGAUGAAGGAUGGAAGUGUACCUCGAGACUCAGGAGCACUGCUGGGACUGAAGGUGGUGGGUGGAAAGAUGACAGAAUCUGGUAGACUUUGUGCUUUCAUCACUAAAGUGAGGAAAGGAAGUCUAGCGGAUACUGUUGGACACCUCAGACCAGGCGACCAGGUGCUGGAGUGGAACGGGAGGUUUUUACAAGGAGCCACAUUUAAAGAAGUUUACAAUAUCAUUCUAGAAUCAAAGCCAGAACCCCAGGUGGAACUGGUGGUCUCAAGGCCCAUAGGAGAUAUUCCUCGGAUACCAGACAGCACACAUGCACAACUGGAAUCAAGUUCGAGUUCCUUUGAGUCUCAGAAGAUGGAUCGCCCCUCUAUCUCUGUCACGUCUCCCAUGAGCCCCGGGAUGCUGCGGGAUGCCCCCCAGUACCUGUCAGGACAGCUCUCAAGCCAAAGCCUUAGUAGAAGAACAGCGCCUUUUGUCCCUAGGGUCCAGGUCAAACUGUGGUAUGACAAAGUGGGCCAUCAGCUAAUAGUCACCAUCCUGGGAGCCAAGGACCUGCCUUCUAGGGAAGAUGGCCGCCCCAGGAACCCUUACGUCAAAAUCUACUUCCUCCCUGACAGAAGCGACAAAAGCAAGAGGAGAACAAAAACGGUAAAGAAAUCCUUAGAGCCCAAAUGGAACCAGACCUUUAUGUAUUCUCCUGUGCACCGGCGGGAGUUCCGUGAGCGCAUGUUGGAGAUCACCCUGUGGGACCAGGCCAGGGUCAGGGAGGAGGAAAGCCAGUUCCUGGGAGAGAUACUGAUAGAGCUGGAGACAGCCCUGCUGGAUGAUGAGCCUCACUGGUACAAGCUGCAGACCCACGACGUGUCCUCCAUGCCCCUCCCCCGCGCCUCGCCCAACCCCCAGCGCAGACAGCUCCACGGAGAGAGCCCCACGAGGAGGCUACCCAUACAGAGAUCUCAGAGAAUCAGUGACAGUGAGAUCUCUGACUAUGACUGUGAAGACGGUGUUGGUGUAGUGUCAGACUACCGGCAGAACGGCAGGGACCUACAUAGUUCCACGUUGUCUGUCCCCGAGCAGGCGAUGUCAUCCAACCACUGCUCGCGGUCGGCAGACAUGAACCGGGCGCGGUCGCGGUCCCCCAGUGUCCCCCCUCCACAGAGCAGAAGCCUGGACCCCGGCUAUGACAUUGACCCCGCCUCGUCUCAGUACAGCUCCUCCAGUAGAGUGGACCGGCGCAGUGUGUCCGAUGACCACCACUCACCUGACAGCCGCAACCACCGCAUAUCCAACAUCAGUCGAGAAGAGGCUGUCAGGUUACUGCGCUCCACUAGGAUGUCCCGAGCCCACUCAGAGGGCGCGUACUCCUCCUCUGCUUCCGUCGACUAUGACUACAAGAGGAACCACGGAGCCGUUGACAGGCAUGUGUAUCACAGCAGGUCCAGGUCAGCUGACCAGCGUCCCGCGCUAGAGCGCACCACCACGGAGCGGCCCGACUCCACCCUCAUGAGGUCCAUGCCGUCUUUACCCUCCGGACGCUCCGCCCCUCCCUCACCUGCCUUAACGAGGGCGAACCCCCGCAGCGGAUCGGCCCAAACCAGCCCUACCAGUACCCCCAUGUCUGACAGGAGAGGAGGUCGGCAACUACCACAGCUUCCACCCACAGGGACCAAGGGCAGAAAAGACACGGACUCACCAGGUUGGACCAGCUCAGGUGCUAUGGAUGUGGAGGAGAGGACCAGACAGAUGAAGCUGAAAGUGAACAAGUUCAAGCAGGGGGCCGGGUGCGACUCCAGACUGGAACAGGUCUACAACAAGAGGAGGGAUGGUCAGCGGGGUUCAGACAACAUGUCAGCCAAGUCUUCGGACAGUGAUGUAAGCGACGUGUCCGCUGUGUCGAGAACCAGUAGUGCCUCUCGGUUCAGCAGCACGAGCUACAUGUCUGUCCAAUCAGAACGGCCGCGAGGAAAGCAGAAGAUCAGUGACUUUACGUCCAAAAUGAAAAACAGGCAGUUGGGCACGUCGUCAGGGAGUAUGAACAUGACCAAGAGCACAAGCAUCGGUGGAGACAUGUGCAACCUGGAGAAGACGGACGGCAGCCAAUCGGACACGGGCGUAGGCAUGGUAGGCGGGGACGGGGACGGGGACAAGAAGAGACGCUCCAGUAUUGGUGCCAAAAUGGCGGCAGUGGUUGGCCUCUCGCGGAAAAGCAGGAGUACCUCUCAGCUCAGCCAAACAGAAGCCGGUGGGAAGAAGCUUCGCAGCACCGUGCAGAGGAGCACAGAGACGGGCUUGGCCGUAGAGAUGAGGAGCAGGAUGACUCGGCAGGCCAGCAGGGAGUCCACCGACGGCAGCAUGAACAGCUACAGCUCCGAGGGAAACCUGAUCUUCCCUGGUGUGAGACUGUCCUCCGACGCCCAGUUCUCUGACUUCCUGGAUGGACUAGGCCCAGCCCAGCUGGUUGGACGACAGACGCUAGCUACACCACCCAUGGGUGACAUCCAGAUUGGAAUCGUGGACAAGAAAGGAGCGCUGGAGGUGGAAGUGAUCCGAGCCCGUGGCCUUGUGGGAAAACCAGGUUCCAAGGCACUGCCAGCACCAUAUGUAAAGGUGUAUCUUUUGGAAAACGGAGCCUGCAUAGCCAAAAAGAAAACAAAAGUAGCAAGAAAAACCUUGGACCCCCUUUACCAGCAGCAACUGCCUUUCGAAGAGGCUCCUGGAGGGAAGGUUCUACAGAUCAUCGUAUGGGGAGACUACGGACGCAUGGACCAUAAAUCCUUUAUGGGAGCAGUUCAGAUACUUUUAGAUGAGCUGGACCUGUCUAACAUGGUGAUUGGCUGGUUCAAGCUCUUUCCUCCUUCCUCAUUGGUGGACCCUACCCUGGCCCCCUUGACAAGAAGAGCUUCCCAAACGUCAUUGGAUAGCCGGUCAUAGCAGUGUGUGGACUGAUAGCAUUGUUGUAGCAGCAGCACCCAGUGUUGAGGUUAAACAUGCUGCAACAGACAGGUCACGCCCCCCGGUUACACUGCAUGCUUGAUGUUGUGUCUUCUGAGCCUGUUUCUAGGGGUGCAAAUGUGAUCCUGUGUUUUGAGAAAAAUGUUGCACACAUUGUGCGUAGCGAGCGUCGCUCCCUCGGCCGGGUCUGAGCACCAACUCGGAUUAGAAGGCCGUAACGGACUCCUUAGCACCAGGAAUUGUCUCUAAAUCGAGCGAUUCCAGGUUUUCAUCCAAUCUAAGCCAUGGGGGUCGGAACUGGGAACCCGCUCGAUGAGUUCUACAGAAGCCCUUUUCGAAUGAAAAAUACAUGUUUUUGUUUAUAAUUUUAUUUUUAUUUUUUUGUUUGUUUUAUUGUCGAUGUACUUGUAUACCUGAAGGGGUGACUGACAGUGUUGUCCUGUCCAGAAGCUUGGUCACGCCAAGCCAACAGACCUAGCUAGAUGUGUAAAUGGAACUAUGAGGAUCAUUGCAAUUGGAGAGGUGGGGUGUCCCAACUAAAGCUCAAACUCUGAAUAUGAGGCCCUAGUCAAAAUAGUAGUAGCUCACACCAGAGAGACAAUACUAAAGUUACUAAAGGCAAUACAGAAGUGGCUACUGUACUAUCGACACUCCAGAAUCUAUUGAUCAGAACCCACAACAAGACUAACUUUUAUGACCUAACAUUAUUUCUCUGUUGAUAUAUUGUAUGACAUUUAAAUGAAGAUUUUAAAAAAAGAAGAUUUUUUUGCAUGAACAAAAAUUUAGCUGAAAAAAAAAGACCAUUAUUUUCUUGAGGCUGUGACUUGCAAAAAAAGAUGAAGAAAAACAAAUAAAACACAUCAGCCAUUUUCAACAAUUUAUAUUAUUUUUAAAUAUAAAUUUCACUAGUGCAUGGUUUUCAAAGGGGAGUGAAUGCAACAGCGUGAUAAAAAGACACAUUGUUUAUCAUUCUUUAGACCAUCCAUAACAUAAGUCUGUGUUUGGCAGACAUACAGUAAGAGAAACUAAAAUAAAAACUUUUGGAGUUAUUUAACAAAAAAAACUGUUUAUGUGACAAAGUAAUGAUGAAAAUAAAUGUAAAUUAUUUAUUUCAUUGUAAAGGUUUUACAAGCCUUAUAAAGAUAAACAUUAUGUGCAAAUUGUACACGUCUCUUUCUCUCCCUUGUCCCAGGGCAUCCCCUGAUAUUGUCCAGAGUUUCAGGACUGUUGGUUCUUUUACAGCUCUGUAUCGUUUCAAUAUGUCUUUUUUGGCGAUUUGUUGAACAAGCAUGUUGAAAAGGAUUUUCUGCAACAUGGCUUGGGCACACCUUAAAGUAACUCAGCAUGUUUUGAUAAAGAGGAUGUUUGGGAGUUUUGCAGUUUCUUGUACAGUGCAUGUCAACUUCGUUACUUUCCCCCCUCGCCUUCAAUUGAAUUCUACAGAAAAUUCAUUAGUUACUUUCAUGGCCAAACUAUUAAAACGUUUUAACAAAACAUUCCACUAACCCCUAGAUCAUAUUUUAUUUCCACUUUUUCAAAAAGAAUGACAAGGAAAAAUAUUUUAUAUUCAUUGGAGGUUGACAAAAAAAGUUAUGGUUGCGAGUGUGUUUUAUUUUAGUAUUGUUAACUAACAUGCAAAAAUAAUCUGUAUUGGUACAGCAAGAAGGAUAUUUAUAUCCAAGCAAGAAGUGGCAAACAUACAACUUAUGUACUGUAUAUUGCUGUGUAGUUCAGGCACUGUUUGUGAGGAUGAGCAAAACACAAGGUCAAACAACAUGGGAUAUUGCCAUGCAAUAUGAUUUUUUUUUUUUUUUUGGUGAAAAUAUAAUUAAUUUCAUAUAUUUUUAUUAGUUUAUUUAUAAGCCAAGACCAGUUUAUUUUUUAUUUUUAGUAAUUGUAAAUGCUUCUUGUGUAUGGGAGGUAUAUGAAUCUUACAGUUAUGUCUGAAUGAAAAUAAACUGAGACGUUAUUCCUUUUCCAUGUUAAACCAAUACAUUCUAAUGUCCAUCCAAUAUCUUGUCGCUAUAACAAGCUAUAUACUUUCGUUUUUGAUUUACAUUGUACAUAUUAGAAAUUUGAAUAAAACAAGCAAACACAAAUAGAUGACAAUAUUUUGGAAUAGGAAUAAUGUCUCACAUGAUGACAAAGACAUGUUAUUUACCCUUUUGAAUGCCUUUUCUUUCUUUUGUUUUGGUGCAAUGUGUUUAUGCCAAGGCUAUGUCUUGGUGAAGUAUGGUUGAGUACAGAGAUUUAUGGAAGUUAUUUUUCAAAUAAAAAAUGGAUAUUACACUGA